AUGCAGAGACACGACGGCACCUGGAGGAUACGAAAAAACCAUGAGAUAGAAGAUAUGGUGUCUGAGCCCAGUAUUAUGGGCAAGAUUAAAUCCGCGAGACUCCGCUGGCUUGAGCACCAGAAACGAAUGCCGGCAGACAUGGCGGUUGGGCCCAAAUACUGCUGGAAGGUUGAAGUGGUUAAGGAUCUUCGCGCCCUGAACGCUGAAAACUGGGAGGAGAUCAAACAAGAUAGUAUAUAUCACUAUUUG